CCUCUAGUUUAUCCUGCAACUUCAGUCAAUAUCCCACUUAAAUCAUCCCAGGUAAUAGAGAAGAGGAAACCUAAUCAAUGGCUGUGGAAUAAUAUGGAAGAAGAUGGAAAAAACUUGUUUAAUGGGUUGAAAGACUGGAGCCUUCUAUAAGACAUGGAUAGAUGCAAACAUGUCGGGCGGUUGCGGCUCGCCCAGGACCACUCCAUCCUGAACCCGCAGAAGUGGUGCUGCAGGGAGUGCGCCACCACCGAGUCGGUGUGGGCUUGUCUCAAGUGCUCCCACGUGGCCUGCGGCCGCUACAUCGAGGAUCACGCCCUUAAACACUUUGAGGAGACUGGGCACCCGCUAGCUAUGGAGGUCCGAGAUCUGUACGUGUUCUGUUACCUGUGCAAGGACUAUGUGCUCAACGAUAACCCCGAGGGGGACCUGAAGCUGCUCAGAAGCUCCCUCCUGGCGGUCAGGGGCCAGAAGCAGGACCCGCCGCUGAGGCGCGGCCGGACGCUGCGGUCCAUGGCCUCGGGCGAGGACGCCGUCCCGCCGCAGCGCGCUCCUCAGGGACAGCCGCAGAUGCUCACGGCUCUGUGGUACCGGCGCCAGCGCCUGCUGGCCAAGACGCUGCGGCUCUGGUUCGAGAAGAGCUCCCGCGGCCAGGCGAAGCUGGAGCAGCGGCGGCAGGAGGAGGCGCUGGAACGCAAGAAGGAGGAGGCGCGGCAGCGGCGGCGCGAGGUGAAGCGGCGGCUGCUGGAGGAGCUGGCCAGCGCCCCUCCGCGCAAGAGCGCGCGCCUGCUGCUGCACGCGCCCCGCGCCGCCGCCCCGCGCCCCGCCCCGCCGCGCGCGCCCGCCGGGGGCCGCCCCCAGCCGCGCCGCGCGCCCGCCAUAGCGCCGGGCGUCACGGGCCUGCGCAACCUGGGCAACACCUGCUACAUGAACUCCAUCCUGCAGGUGCUUAGCCACCUCCAGAAGUUCCGCGAGUGUUUUCUGAACCUCGACCCUUCCCAGACCCAACAACUGUUUCCCAAGGCCCCCAACGGGAAGGCUCCGCUCUCGGGCAGGCCGGCCGGCAGCUCGGCCACCGAGCUGUCGGCCAGGAGCGACCGGGCUGAGUCGUGCGAGCGGGAGGGCCUCUGCUUCAACGGCGGGGCCUCCAUCAGCAGGAGCCUAGAACUCAUCCAGAACAAGGAGCCGAGCUCGAAGCACAUUUCCCUCUGUCACGAAUUGCACACCCUCUUCCGUGUCAUGUGGUCCGGCAAGUGGGCCCUGGUGUCACCCUUCGCCAUGCUUCACUCCGUUUGGAGCCUGAUCCCCGCCUUCCGGGGCUACGACCAGCAGGACGCGCAGGAAUUCCUCUGUGAGCUGUUGCACAAAGUGCAGCAAGAGCUCGAGUCCGAGGGCACCACGCGCCGGAUCCUCAUCCCCUUCUCCCAGAGGAAGCUCACCAAACAGGUCUUAAAGGUGGUGAACACCAUAUUCCACGGGCAGCUACUCAGUCAGGUCACAUGUGUAUCAUGCAAUUACAAAUCCAAUACCAUUGAGCCCUUUUGGGAUUUGUCCCUGGAAUUCCCUGAACGGUAUCACUGCAUAGAAAAGGGGUUGGUCCCUUUGAAUCAGACUGAGUGCCUGCUCACUGAGAUGCUGGCCAAGUUCACAGAGACAGAGGCCCUGGAAGGGAGAAUCUACGCUUGUGACCAGUGUAACAGCAAACGACGAAAAUCCAAUCCAAAACCCCUUGUUCUGAGUGAAGCUAGAAAGCAGUUAAUGAUCUACAGACUACCUCAGGUCCUCCGGCUGCACCUUAAAAGAUUCAGGUGGUCUGGCCGUAAUCAUCGAGAGAAGAUUGGGGUCCAUGUCGUCUUUGACCAGGUAUUAAACAUGGAACCUUACUGCUGCAGGGACAUGCUCUCCUCUCUUGACAAAGAGACCUUUGCCUAUGAUCUCUCCGCAGUGGUCAUGCAUCACGGGAAAGGGUUUGGCUCAGGACACUACACAGCCUAUUGCUACAACACAGAGGGAGGUUUUUGGGUCCACUGCAAUGACUCAAAGCUGAAUGUAUGCAGUGUCGAGGAAGUGUGCAAAACUCAAGCCUACAUCCUUUUUUACACUCAAAGAACAGUUCAGGGCAAUGCAAGAAUUUCAGAAACCCAACUCCAAGCUCAGGUGCAGCCCAGCAACAACGAUGAGGGCAGACCACGGACCUUCCCCUGAAUGGGAGGCAUGUAUCAAGGACUGGCUUGCUUUUAAACUGUUGGUAUUCAUACAUCUUUCCUCUUAUAGGAAAUAAGGUUUAGUGCAGGAACAGAUUGCUAGGUUUGCCUCACUGGGACUACAGCAGAAGGUGCCAGGUGACUUCCUAUCCUAUCCUAAAAUCUGUAGUCACCUUUCUUUUGAAUGGAUUUGGGAAUUCCCUCUUUGAUAAAUCAAAAGGAGUAACUUCUAUGAAGAUUCUUUCAUCAGUUGCUUCUGAAUAUAGAGGAUCUGGGUGGAGGAAAGAGGGAGAAAAUUGAUCAUAUGCAGCGAGGAGAGCAGCCAUGUUUUCUUUCCAUUCUGUGACCCCCACUAAUCAGGACCUCCUGCAACGCCAGAGGAACCCUCCUGUUGUGAGGAGCCCAGGACAGAGCACAUGAGGUGGGGCCCUGGGCUGGCAGCUUGCUGGAUGAGAUUGGUUCCAGGGCAGGAGGUGAAUAAUAAGGAUUUGUUCCUACAAAGGAAGUAACCAUCAGGGGUUCAAAACAUGCAGACUUCCUUUUUUAGAGGAUAGCAGUGGAAGAGUGGAAUGAGAUGCAUAGUGCAAAUUUCCCCCAUGCAGAAUGGGAGAUUUUUCCAGUGACCGACCCUCCCUGGCUGCCACUGCUGCUGUCACUUAAUCAUUCCACAUCUUCUGAGACUGGUGUGAACAACCCUCUAUUCUAAAGAAGGAGCAGUUCAUAUGGGGAAGCAAUACAUUGUCCCUGACAUGUUCUUUCUUGCAUGCUGAGCCUAAGGGCAUUCCUGGCUACCCAGUUCUGUAGCACAUCCCUGGUUCAGGUGUAGGGCAAGCACAUGGUUUGGUUUAAAUUGGUGUUUAGGUCAGUUGUCUGAGGCUUUCUCAGAACUCAGUUGAGGAGAGAGGGAGGGAUAGCCGGUGGUCCAGGCCGUAUCUGAAUGCCUGUCACCUGCCCUCACCUCCAUGCAGCAUGCAGCUUUUCUUAGCCUGCAGCUUCUUUCUGGCACCUAGAGGGCUAGAACAUUUUUGUUCAACACAAGGUUUGGGAAUUUCUGCUUUCCUAGGGCUAAGGAAUCUGCCCCCAUAGGUCCGAACAGUUCACUGCUGCUGGCCCUGGCCUAUUUCCUCCUAAAUCUGAUAAUCCCUACUGUUUCUUUAUCUGACUACACUCAAUUCAUCAGAGAAAAAAAGAGUGCCCUGUCCUUAAGUGCUAGUAAAAUACAUCUUUGUUUUUAUACUGGAUCAGUUUCUAAGUGGAAUGAUGGAAACCCUCCACCCCAUCAGGCACCACUGAAUUUCCCUUCUCAAUCCUUCAGUUAGACUCACCAGUAAAAGUGAACGUAAACCAGAAGUCUCAUCGUGGGGGCUGCUGAAGUCUGCCUCAACCUGUCAUUAUGAAUGCUCAUCUUUUGACUGAGUGUAUCAUACGAACAUUUCAAUUCAGGUAGGAAUACAGUUGUCACUUGAAGGAAGCAGAUGUGGAGGGAGUUUGGGGAAGGGUGGGAGGUUGGGACAAGAGAGGGUAAAGAAUGAGGGUCGUAGCUUAGGGGUGCUGGUGAGCCCCAUUUCCAGAGCAGGUCUGUAGCAUUUGCUGUUGACCUCUUUUGAGAUGAACGCUCCCGUAGGACCUGACAGACAGCACUGAGACAUGGAGGAAAUUCAGACAGAAAAUGGCUCACCCUGAUAAGGGGGAGCGACUAUAUAUUUUAAAUUAAACUUGCUUUUUCCAACACUGUGAGGUUUCUGUAAUAUUUAGCUUUUAUUUGGAAGCGAUAGCGUAUGGCAUUUUUUAUGCUGUUUGGUUUAUAUUGUCUACUGCAGGCUUUUUUGUAUAAGCUUGGCCCAGGGCUCACCCUCUCCUGGACACUGUUUUAAAGUGUCACAGCUGCCCUUGCUGCCAGAGGCUCUGAUGUAAAGGUAUACUCUCUAGAUCCAUGUUUUUUAAGUUGGCAGGAUUGGUGAAGACUUUUUUGUGGCAAUGGAAAAGCCCAUUAACUCAAAAAAAGAGAGAGAGAGUAAGAAGGAAAGGAAAAUAUAAAUUGUGCCUCAUCUUUCUUUGAAUGCUGUACUUAUUAUUCUAGAAAAAGAGAACUUACAAAUGGAAAAGAACUAAUAGAGCAGCUACUUCAUCCCUCAGGCUGUCUAGGGGGAAAUACUUCAGAAAAAUGAACAUUUAAUGGAAAAUUAAAAGAUCUUCAAACUUAAUUUUUAAGAAUAGUUUUAUACCAAAUAUUUAUAAGAAUUAUUAAGCAGAUUUAAGGAUUUUGUAAAAUAAGUGCUUAACUUAGCUGAGCACCCACAUAUCAAAUUAAUAAAAUGGUUUAAAGGGAGUUGGACCAGAAACCACUAGAGUCCUCGCUGAGCUGCAAACUCUCGAAGGUGCCCCUGCAGUCACAGACACCUCAGGUACCCAGAGGCAGCAGCACUAGACGCUGUUGAGAAGUUAGUAUUUAUGAAGAUUUUUAUUAAAGAGUUCCCUGCUGCAUAAGCCGAUGGCUAUUGUGAGGGAAGUGUCCCUUUGCCUUUAAUUUAUUUGCAUAUUGGAAGUAGAUGGAUUUCUUAGUUGCAUGUUACUUUAAAUCGAAACAUUCUAAAGAGAAGAAAAUAAGAACCAGGUAGAAGUUGACUAGAUGCUGCCAAAUCAAACCCAAGAUCUCCUAACUGAACCUUACGGGCCUGCUUCUCCCAGGCAAGUAGUUAGAGUCCCGUUCCAGGAACCCUUUGUAGUUGGCUGGUGUGUUUACUUUCUGCUGUAGCCAGCCAAGAUGAAUGCACCCUGGCCCUCAAAAAGGAUCUUUACCUCAAUCUAGCUUGACCCUCAUCCUUGUGGUUGCCUCGGAGAUGAGCAUCCAUGCUAGUGUUAAAAAAAAAAAAAAAAAAAAAAAAAAAAAAAAAAUUAGGAAUGCCCUCAACAGCCAGGAACUGAAGCUCUUAUUAAAUGGCAGGCAGAGCUCUUGCCAGCUUUGAUCCAGUCCCCUCUCGGGCUGAGGGGGGCAGUGCCACACUGUAAAGAAUUUCCAGAUGUCUCUUAAAAUGUCAUGAAUAAAAUUAGAAACUGUA